GUUGUUUGUUAGCAACGGUCGCUGUGGAAUGGUUCGCUGUGAUUCAGAAAAGACUGAGCCAUGUCGGCUUCAGCUGAUGAAACAGCAGGAGACGUGCCUGUGAAAGAUAUAAGUUUGAACCUUGCUGGAACUGGGGGGCUACAAGAGCCUUCAGCAGCACAGAAUGCUCGGGAACGACAAGCUGUGUCCCGGGUCAGUCGCGAGCAGUUGGAGGACCGCUUUCUGCGCCUCCAUGAGGAGAAUCUCAUGCUCAAGCAGCACAACCACAAGCAAGAGGAGAAGAUCAAAAGAAUGGCCACCAAGCUGAUCAGGCUGGUGAAAGACCGGAAACGGGAGGAACAGGUGAACACGGGGGCCCCGUCGGCAGCCCGGGACGUGGAGGUGGAGGAGAUGGUGGAGGAGCUCCAGGAAAGGGUGAGGGAGCUGGAGAAACAGAACGAGGGACUCAAGCAGCGCCUCAUCGCAGCCAAGCAGCAGCUCCAGGCCCAGAGCCGCCGUGCUACGCCCUACAGCCAUGUCCAGUCCCGCAUCAACACUGGUCUGCGCAGGCUAAAGGACAGCACUCCCGCUCCACCCCAGACCACCCACAGCAAAGGGACAAGGAACAUGGAGGUGGAUUCUGGUGCCAGGCCUCCCCAGUCGCUGCUUCCUCGAUAUGGACAUAGCCUUCUGGACGAUGCCAGAGCAGAGAUACGCAACCUGGAGAAUGUGAUCGAGUCACAGAGGAGACACAUGGAGGAUAUGGACAGAGCAGUAGACAUGCUGCAGGAACAGCUGAAAAGGAAGGAGGGGGAGUGUGAGGAACUGUUGCUACAACUUAGAGAGCAACAGGCCAGUGGACAGAGGUUAACCAUCAAGGACAACGUAGAGAUGAUCAAAUUGCAGAAACAGCUGGCUGAGAAAGGAAAUGCAUUUACCGUGUUGGAGGGCCGAUUCCUCCAGCUCCAAGAGAGUCAGAAGACGCUGAAGGCCAGCCAUGAUGCCCUCAUGGCCAAAGUGGAUGAGCUGAGCAUCCAGCUGAAAGAAGAGCGUCUUCGGAGCCUGGGUCUGGAGAAACAGCUUCAGGCCAGCUCUCUGGCACAGCGCAGAGCAGAGGAGCUGCAGGAGCGCAUCCAUGAUUUGGAGAAGGAGAAGGAUCUUCUUAAAGAGAACUGUGAUAAGCUUUUCAAUAGUGCCUUCGAUGUGACCCAGGAGCAGAAGUGGAAGACCAGGGAACAGCAGCUGAAACUGCAGAUUGCCCAGCUGGAGGUGGCGCUCAAGUCAGAUCUCACUGACAAGAAUGAGAUUCUGGACAAGAUCAAGGCAGAACGAGAGCUAAAUGAAAACUUAUCGCAGCAGAAUCAAGAUUUACAGCUCCGUUUUCUGGAGCAGAAGCAGCAACUGGAUGAAAUAAAAGAUCGCAUGAAGUUCUUCACCAAGGAGAGCGAUAUUGAUGUGGCCGAACUCAGUGAAGCAUUGAUGCUUAUAAAGGUUCGCAAUACCCAGAAAAAAGAGGAGCUGGGCUUCCUCAACAAAGUAGAUGAGGAGGUGCAGCGCGACCUGGAGCGCUCCUUGCGGGAGCUGCAGGCCACACAGGUAGAGACUGUCCAGGAGCUGGAAAAGACCCGGAACAUGCUGAUCAUUCAGCACAAGAUCAACAAAGACUAUCAGACAGAGGUGGAAGCUGUGACCCGCAAGAUGGAAGACAUUAAGCAAGAAUAUGAGCUGAAACUGGAGAGCCUCGCCCAGCUGCUCGACAUGAGAGCGGCAAGAAUCAGAAAACUGGAAGCCCAAUUGAAAGACAUCGCCUAUGGCACCAAGGCCCACAUUUUCAAGGCUGACAUCACCGACCAGGAUGUGGCAGACGAGUUUGAUGAGACAGUCCACCUGGAGCGGGGCGAGAACCUGUUCGAGAUUCAUAUCCUCCAGGCGAACCUUGCCCCAGUGGCUCUGGAGGCAAUAGGUGACCCAGAGCCUUCCACCUUCUGCACUUAUGCAUUCUAUGACUUUGAGCUCCAAGCCACCCCAGUGGUACGAGGGUCCAAGCCAGCCUACAACUUCACCUCCCAGUACACAGUGCGCAUGGAUGACUUCUUCCUACAGUACCUCCAAAACAGCACCAUAACCCUUGAGUUGCAGCUGGCCCAUGGCCUGGACUACCAGACAGUGGCAGCCUGCCAGCUGCAGCUGCACCAGAUCCUGGACCACAACGGCAAGGUUUUUGGCACGUCACCUCUAGUUGGUGUUGUAGAUGAGGUUCAGUCUUUUGGAACACUGGAUUACUGGCUGAGAUUGAGGCUUCCCAUGGAUCAGGCCAUUCGUUUAUAUAAGGAGCGUGUGAAGGCGUUAGGCUACCUCAGUGCCAAUCACAGGGAAGAGAUGAAGGAGCAACAGGCUUUGGCAACCCCCCAUGCUCCACGGGAGGCUUCAGCUGAAGGUUGCCUGAAUGAGCUUCACAUCACAGUGCACUGUUGCAGCAACCUGAAGUCCCAGCAGCCUGAUGUGCAACCCAGCCCCUAUGUCGUCUACAAACUCUUUGACUUCCCCGAUCACGACACCUGUAUCCUGUCCAGCAGCAACAAUCCCCAGUUUGAUGACCACAUGGCCUUUCCAGUGCCAAUGAAUGCUGACCUGGAUGGCUACCUGAAGGCAGAGUCUCUGCUGCUUUAUGUAUUUGAUGACAAGGACACAGAUAGCCACCUAUACCUUGGGAAGGCCAAAGUUCCUCUUAUUUCUUUGGCUCAUGACAAAUGCAUCACAGGUACGUUUGAGCUGACAGAUCCCAGCAGCGAUUCCAGUGGAACCAUUGAUGUGACCCUGAAAUGGAGGUUCACCUACCUUCCGCCCCCUGGCGCCUCUAUGACUGUGGAGCAGGCCAAGUUUGUUGCCAAAGAGACACCAGUGAAAUUAGUCAGCACUGAGGAGAAAGCUAAGGCACUGCCUCCUCUACCACCAGCUAUGGCCCAACAGGUGCCAAUGCCAAAGCCCAGACAGCGUACCAUGGUAAAGGAAAAAACAGCAGGCAAAAAAGUCUCAUUCAUGGAUACCACUGCACUGGAGAGUUCAGUGAGGGAGUGCACUCUGUCCAGUGCUGGUGAGCUCGACAUGGUGCAAGAAGAGAGCACGGAUCAGGUACCCCAACAAGAGCCUGUCGGAGUGAUGGAGGUGGUUCAGACAACACAAGAAGAAAAAGUGGAGGAAGGAGAUGAUGAGGUUUCACACUUCUCAGAUGGGCAGCUGGCCACGCCCAGCUCUCCAUCAACCUCACAGGACUCUGAUAUCACAGAGGACCUUGUAGCUCCAGAGCAAGAUGGGGAGGAUGCGCAGGCCACUGAUCUCAAUGAAUCAAUACUCUCCGACAGUGAUGACUGCAUUGUUCCAGGCCAGACAACUCAGGGCAGAAAGCAGCCUUCAGAGCGGAUUCGCAUUGAGAUCAUCUCCCUUAGCCUGAGGCCGGACUCCCGCGUUGCAAUGGACACCACCAUUGUAAGGCUGUUUGUGGAAUACCGUUUCCUGGACCUGCCCUCCGAGGAGACACCUCUGUCCCUGCCCAAGCCCCAGGUGGGCCAGAGCAUCCACUAUAACUACAGCAACGUGAUCCACGUGGAUGUGGAGAAUAACAGGGCCAGACGGGAGCUCUUGAGGUCCGUGCUCCGGGGAGACGCCAGACAACUGGAAAGUAUAAAGUUCACAGUGGUGAGCGACCCCCCAGAGGAGGAACAGGACUUGGAGUGUGAGGAUGUGGGCAUCGCUUUCCUGAGGGUCCCUCAAAUCCUGGAGCAACAACAAGACCUGAUAGACACCAGUGUGGACAUUGUGGAUGUGCUGGACAACAGUGUGGUGUUAGGAAGUCUGAAGGUGACAGUGGAGGCUCUCCAGGCCCUAAAGUCCAUCAUAGAAGAAUCUCCGCUCACACCCCAGUCUUCACCAUCUUAA